AUGCUGAAUUUGCAAAAGAGAAUCCGAGGUGAAGAUGAGGACAAAGCCUAUCUUGGCAAACGGAUAUCUAUACGGGAUAAGCUGCUUACACAAGAAGUCCAAGAACUGGAAACAAGUUUACGAAAAAUUAAUACUUGCAAAGUACAUUUUCCUUCGACGUCUGCGUUGCACAAAUUUGAGCUGACAGUCACUCCUUCAGAAGGCAUGUAUAAGAAUGGCAUCUUCAGAUUUUCUAUAGAAGUACCACCUGAGUAUAAUAAUGUGCCGCCUAUAGUUAAAUGUUUGACUCGAGUUUGGCAUCCUAAUAUCACAGAAGAUGGAGCCAUAUGCCUUUCUCUUUUGAGGCAGAACAGUCUUGAUGGCUAUGGAUGGAUGCCUACUCGUCAUUUGAUCGAUGUCGUACUCGGACUUGAUAGCCUAUUUACAGAUUUAAUAGAUUUUGAUGAUGCGCUCAAUGCACAAGCAGCUCAGCAGUGGUCAACAAAUAGGGAUGCUUUUAUGCAAAAGGUGCGUGAUUAUAUCCACAGAUAUUGCUAA